CACACCAAUACACCACAUGGUUUUUAUACAUUCCACAUGAUCAAUUGGCACCUGAUAAUCCAAAUAAUUACAACAACAAAAAUAUAUACAAUAUAAAUUAAACAAAUUCAAUAAUUUUACAACACAACAUAAUAAAAUGCUCGACGGAGUAAAACAUAUUAUACUUGUGUUAUCUGGUAAAGGUGGUGUUGGUAAAUCAACAGUAAGCACACAAUUAGCACUAGCUCUAAAUGUUUCAGGAUUUAAGGUUGGAAUAUUAGAUGUUGAUUUAUGUGGACCAAGUGUUCCAUAUCUGCUAAAUCUUGAGGACCAAGAUGUACAUCAAUCAUCUGAAGGAUGGGUACCAGUUUAUACAAAUCCUGAUCAAAUGUUGGCAGUAAUGUCAAUUGGAUUUUUAUUAAAAAAUCGUAAUGAUGGUGUUGUUUGGCGUGGUCCAAAAAAGACUGGUAUGAUUAAACAAUUUAUAAAUGAUGUUGUUUGGAAAGAACUUGAUUAUUUAAUUAUUGAUACACCACCUGGUACAUCUGAUGAACAUAUCACUGUUAUGGAAAAUAUACGUCAGCUGAGUGUUGAUGGUGCUAUUAUUGUAACAACACCACAAAAUAUUGCUGUUGAUGAUGUCCUAAGAGAAAUAACAUUUUGUAAAAAAACUGGUAUUCCAAUAAUUGGAAUUGUUGAAAAUAUGAGUGGAUUUGUUUGUCCAACUUGUUCUGAAUGUACAAAUAUAUUUUCAUCUGGUGGAGGAAUUGCACUUUCUGAAUUAGUUAAAGUACCAUUUCUUGCAAAAUUACCAAUUGAUCCAGAAAUUGGUAAAAAUGCUGAUAAAGGAAAAAGUAUAUUGGUCACAAUGCCAGACAGUCAAGUUGCCCAAGUAUUUACAAAACUAGUUGAAGAAAUAACUAAAAGUAAAGAAGCAUAAAUUAAAAUACACCAUCAUUUAUUUGAAACAUAAAAAACAAAACAAUUUUUUUCAAAAAUACGUGUGUUGUGUGCAAAUCAAAAUGAAACACCAUUAAUUUUUGUAAUUUAAAAUAUAAAAUAUUUAUUGUACAUUCAAAUAUAUUGUUCAUAAAAUUUAUUUUGUAUCAUUAAAAA